CGAAAAGGGCCAAGCCAGAUGUCCUCUCUUGGCAUCAUUGCAUUUCGUUGGUGUGGCCAGGCUUAUAAUACCCCCGCUCCUUACCUCACUCCCCAGUUCGACCAGGAGACAUUUUUGCUCUCUUCUAUUGCUUUCCUUGUCUCAUGCAACUGCAAGUAGUAUGAGCACUGACUGAAGAAGAAUCUACUGAAGGAGACAAGAAGAGAACAAAGGGUACUCAACUAGUUGGUCUCACUUAAGAAGAAACACUGGUCAAGAUCAACUUUCCGAGAGGAUGAUGCAGAUGGAGAAGCUCGUGAAUCACUGCGACAUGGAGCUCAUGAAGAUGGCCAUGCUCAAGCACGAAGAGACCUUCAGGCAGCAGGCCCAUGAGUUGCACCGGCUCUACCGCGUCCAGAAGCAGCUGAUGAACGGCCUGACCGUGCCGUCGGAUCAGCUAAGCUGCCGGCGCCAGAGGCGCAAGCAGCCGCGGCGCUCGCUGAACCUUCACCUCCCCGCCGACGAGUACAUCAUCGUCGGCACAGACGAAGCGACGCCACCGUCGAGGGAAGACGAGCUGGAGCUGACGCUGGCCGUUGGCGGCGGCAACAACGCCAACCGGAGGAAGCGGCGGGACGAGGGCAGCACUCCCUUGGCGUCGGACUGCUCCAGCGGGAGUCCGACGUCGUCAUUGUCGACCGACACCAACGGGUCACCAUCGUACCAGAAGGCGACGGCGUUCCGUCUCCAGGAAGGACGGUGAUGAAGAAGCAGCAGCAGUAGCGGACCUACUUUGGUGUAUGGAUAUGCAAUUAUAUAUCGCCAUGGCUCAUGCAGUGCCUCAGCCUUAGGAUGGCUUGAGAAGUUGAGAUGGUCUUGAUAGGAUUGCAAGGUGCCGUUGUGACUUGUAGGAUAGGAUGAUGCAGCUAGUAAGUAGCCUGGUAGGCUUUGCGCUUUGCGUGUCAAGGGGCUAAUCCCGCUUGACAAAUUGCUAAUUGACGAGUACUUGCAGGUUAAU